AGAGAGAGAGAGAGAGAGAGAGAGAGAGAGAGAGAGAGAAGAGAGAGAAUGAAGACCCAUUGUUGGGUUCGAGCUUCUGAUUCCGAUUUCACUGGACCUCUUCCCCGACCACGAAGCGGUCACACAGCUGUGAACAUCGGAAAGUCCAAAACUGUAUUUUUCGGUGGUCUGGUAGACAAGAAAUUCCUCAAUGACGUCACUGUUUAUGACAUUGACAACAAUAUGUGGUUUCAGCCGGAGUGUACGGGCAGUGGUUCUGAUGGAAAUGUGGGCCCAAGUCCACGUGCUUUCCAUAUUGCUGUUGCGAUCGAUUGUCACAUGUUCAUAUUUGGUGGGAGGUCCGGUGGUAAUAGGUUAGGCGAUUUCUGGGUUCUUGAUACUGAUAUAUGGCAAUGGUCAGAAUUGACCAGCUUCGGCGACUUACCUUCGUCACGGGAUUUUGCAGCUGCUUCAGCUGUUGGGAACAGUAAAAUUGUGAUGUAUGGUGGCUGGGACGGUAAAAAGUGGCUCUCGGAUGUCUACGUACUUGACACAAUUUCACUUGAAUGGACGGAGUUGUCGGUUACAGGGACAGUUCCUCCACCAAGAUGUGGCCACUCUAUUACAAUGAUUGAGAAACGGUUGCUCAUGUAUGGUGGUAGAGGUGGUGGUGGGCCAAUCAUGGGUGAUCUAUGGGCUUUAAAGGGGCUUAUUAAAGAAGAGAAUGAAGCACCUGGAUGGACCCAACUGAAGCUUCCAGGUCAAGCUCCUUCCCCCCGUUGUGGACACACCAUCUCUUCUGGAGGCCCUUACCUUAUGUUAUUUGGUGGGCAUGGAACUGGUGGUUGGUUGAGCCGUUAUGACAUAUAUUACAAUGACUGUGUUGUUUUAGACAGGGUGUCGGUGCAGUGGACACGCUUGCCUACUAGCAACGAACCCCCAGCUGCUCGAGCAUAUCAUUCCAUGAACUCUGUUGGUUCUCGGUAUCUGCUGUUUGGCGGAUUUGACGGGAAAUCAACUUAUGGUGAUCUCUGGUGGCUUGUACCCGAAGAUGAUCCUAUUGCAAAGAGGCUAACAACAUCUCCAUCCGAACUUAUUCCGGAAAUAAAUGCAACAAUGGCAGCAAAGGAAGACCAAAUAGAAGGCUCUGCAUUUUCGGAGUUGCAGAAAAGAUUAGAAAUUUCAAAUUUACUUUCUAAUCCCGAGAAUAUCAUGAACGAAAUGGAAGACAAAGAACUUAUCAAACUAGCGUCAAGAAUCGGCGGUGAAGAGGCUUCGAGUGACAUGCGGGCUGUGCAAGCGCUCAGAGACCACUGGAUGAAGUCAGCGCCACAAUCUAUAUCACUGAAGGAGCUCGGCCCGUUACUACAUGACUACAAACGGUUUAUUACCCGCCAUCAUAUAGGAAAGCUUGGAUGUAAAUUAGAGCUUGCAGAUUCUGGUUUUCGUGGAAAAGAUGCAUUUCGCUUCUGUCAUGUUAAAAGUGCUUCUCAGCUACGGAUGAGUGAAAUCCCAAAUCUACUGGCGGAGUACAAAGAGCUUCUCUCGUCAACAGGUAUCGGUCUGACAGAUUGAAAGCAUUUCGUGCGGAAGUACGAUUAUAGAUACGUAAUGGAAUUGGAAAAGGAGAGCAUUGCAAGAAAAGAAGAAUUGAAUUCGGAAUUUGAUGAAAGUACCUUAAUCGCGAUAAUUACGGGACAAAUGAACAUAUAUAGUCGUAGAUUGUUAGAAAUGUAACGACACUUGUACUUGUCUAAACAACGUAGUUCACCGCGCA